UACAACCCCCACUUUUGGAGCAAAAUUGUGCGUUCGAUAUGUCUUACAGACUGUCCCAACAGCACGGAGCUGUGUUUUUCUAUUUUCCUUACCAGUCGGAAGCUUUUACCGGACAAUGAAGAACACAACUGAAACACACAUUGUGCAAGGCACCCAUGCCGUAUUUCCCACCUACUCUGCGCCUGCUCUGUAACGAAGCCGAAGCAUAUAUAUAUAGCUCAUCAGACUAGCUUGUCUUGAAAAGUGUGUAUGGUGCAAGGUUAGCAUAGCAUCUGGUGAAUUGACCAGUAAAUAUACGGACCUAAAAUGAUAUGAAAGUUUGGAUAAGACAGUCAUAUCGGUGCCUUAGUUAACCAACGCUGGAGUGGAAGUUUGUACUUUGGAAGGAAGGACAGAAAUAUUCAACGGUGGUAUACCAGCGCUUUUAUGUUAGCCUCCUAACGCUAGCUACCUAGCAUUCUGGCUAACAGGAAAGAGGACGGGCUAGUCCGCAGACCGCAGCCAAGCCUCCACUAUCGAUUUGUGUACAUCUGAAGCAAUGGACAGUAACUCGGAGGCAGCCUCUGAGCGAAUUCUGCUUGAGCCCUACAAGUACGUGUUGCAACUGCCAGGAAAACAGGUGAGGACAAAACUUGCCCAAGCAUUUAACCACUGGCUCCAUGUUCCAGAGGACAAACUGCAGGUGAUCAUUGAGGUGACAGAGAUGCUGCACAAUGCCAGCUUGCUCAUAGAUGACAUCGAGGACAGCUCGAAGUUGCGACGAGGCUUCCCUGUGGCUCACAGCAUCUAUGGCAUUCCCUCAGUUAUCAAUUCAGCCAACUACGUCUACUUUUUGGGACUGGAGAAGGUGCUGACCCUGGAGCACCCUGAGGCUGUCCAGGUGUUUACCCAACAGCUGCUGGAGCUGCAUCGUGGUCAGGGCAAAGACAUCCACUGGAGGGACACUUACACUUGUCCCACUGAGCAGGAGUACCGCAACAUGGUGCUACAGAAAACUGGAGGGCUCUUUGGCCUGGCUGUGGGUCUGAUGCAGCUCUUCUCAGAUUGGAAACAGGACCUGAAACCCCUCCUGGACACACUGGGCCUCUUCUUCCAGAUCCGCGACGACUAUGCCAACCUGAGCUCCUGCGAGUACAGUGAAAACAAGAGCUUCUGUGAGGACCUGACUGAGGGCAAGUUCUCCUUCCCCACCAUUCAUGCCAUAUGGUCACGUCCAGAAAGCACUCAAGUGCAGAACAUCCUCAGGCAGCGCACAGAGAACAUGGACAUCAAACGAUACUGCGUUGACUACCUGGAGAAGGUAGGCUCAUUUGCCUACACCCGUCAGACUCUGCGGGACCUUGAGGUGGAGGCCUAUCGGCUCAUCAGGGAGGUUGGGGGAAACCCUCAGCUGGAGAGCCUGGUCAAAUACCUCAGCCAAAUGCAUCAGGAAGCUGAAGCCGCAGCAGCAUCUAGUACGGAGUCACAGUCCAGUCAAAACCAUUGACCUGAACACUCCACUAAGACACUUUAGAAUCCACUGUUGCAUAUUUACACAUUCCUGAAAAGCUCAACACAUGUACUGGUAUGUUAUAUUUAGUAUUAAACUUGAAUUCUAGUAAACCA